AUGAUUGCUAUAGAUCUUAAGUUUGAAACCUGGCAAUGGCAGUACCAAAUUCUGAGUACAUUCUUCGUGUUUGGUAUAUUACCGACUUUGUACUAUUUGUACCAGCGGUACAUUUCUAGCCAUCCUAAUCGUUAUAACAAGUUAGAGGCGCCCGUCAAGCUCGAUGUUCCUGUUCCUGAAGAGGCCAAGCCACACUGGAAAGGUAAGAGGUUGUAUGCACCAAAUUUGACCACUAGAGUUGCCUCUGACCCUGGUAAGAUCAAGUGCUACUGUCCUGCAACUGGACAGUCUUUGGGGAUGCUUCCUGCAACCACCAAAGCCCAAAUGGACGAGCAAAUUGCCAAUGGGAUUAGAGCUCAGAAAGAGUGGCAGAAUCAAGGACAGACUGGCAAGUUCAGCUUUAGCUUGAGAAGGAAGCUUUUACGCACUUUAAAUAACUUCAUUGUUGACAACCAAAAGGAGAUUGCAAACGUAGCUUGUAGAGAUAGUGGUAAGACCAGACUCGAUGCUCUGAUGGGAGAAAUUAUGGUAACAUUAGAAAAAAUUAAUUGGAUUAUUUUGAAUGGAGAAAAGGCAUUGAAACCCAGUCAAAGACCUGGUCCCGCCAACUUGUUGAUCGGAUUAAUGAAGAAUGGUGAAGUCAGAUAUGAACCAUUGGGAUUAGUUGCUGCUUUGGUAUCUUGGAACUACCCAUUUCACAAUCUUAUGGGUCCAAUUAUUGCUGCAUUGUUCACUGGAAAUGCUAUUAUUGUCAAGUGUUCCGAACAAGUAUACUGGUCAUCUAAAUGGUUUGUUGAAGAGUUGGUACAUACUGCCUUGAAGCUGUUGGACUUAGACACGGACUUAGUACAACUAAUUUGCUGCUUCCCAGAGGAUGCAGACCACUUUACCUCACAUCCAGGGAUUUCACACAUCACCUUCAUCGGAUCUAAACCUGUUGCUCACAAAGUAGUUGAAAGUGCAGCUAAGCAAUUGACUCCUUGUGUCGUCGAAUUGGGGGGUAAGGAUUCAUUUAUCGUAUUAGACGAUAUGGUUGACUCUGUCGACCGCUUGUCCUCUAUCAUAAUGCGGGGUACUUUCCAGAGUGCUGGACAAAAUUGCAUUGGUAUUGAAAGAGUAAUAUGCUUACCAAAAACGUACGAAAAAUUGGUAGAUAUUUUGAGCACAAGAGUCAAGCAUCUUAGAGUUGGUUCUGAUAUUGAUCAACUUGACGAGAUUGAUAUGGGAGCAAUGGUAUCUGACAACAGAUUUCCACAUCUAGAAUCUUUAAUUGAAGAUGCUGUUUCCAAGGGUGCUAGAUUAGUAUCAGGUGGGAGAGCAUACCAACACCCUAAUUAUCCACAGGGCCAUUACUUUGAGCCUACGCUUUUGGUUGAUGUUGAUCCCAAAUCAAUGAAGAUUGCUACCGAAGAAGUCUUUGGACCAAUAUUGACGAUGAUAAAGGCAAAUACCGUAGAAGAAGCUAUAAGUAUUUCUAAUGGUACCGAAUUUGGAUUGGGCAAUUCUAUCUUCGGAAAAAGCUUUCAGCAGUGCAGUGAGAUUGCUAACCGCUUGGAUAGUGGAAAUAUUGCAAUCAAUGACUUUGCCACGUUUUACGUAGCACAACUUCCGUUUGGAGGAGUAAAGAAAUCAGGGUAUGGAAAGUUUGGAGGCGAAGAAGGUUUGACAGGUUUGUGUGUUGCCAAAUCAGUGGUUAUGGAUAAGCCAUUAUUACGAUUAUUUGGUGUUGCAACUAGUAUCCCACCCCCAAUUGACUACCCUAUUAAGGACGGCAAAAAGGCUUGGGCUUUCGUGAGUGCAUUGAAUACUGCCGGAUAUGAUUAUAGAGUUUGGAAAGUUAUCAAUGCGUUUAAGAAGUUGGCAAGAGGAGGAGCCUAA